GCUGCUGUGGCGGAAUUGGGGUCGGAGAAGAAGGAAAUGGAAGACCGACUUUGUCAACUCGAAGUGAGCAAUGAGAACUCAACGGAAUUGUUGGCCAGUGUAAAGGCGGCUGUGGCUCAAGCAGAAGGGGAGAGAGACGAAGCAAUGGCGGCACAUGAUAACAUGAAGGACAUAGUGACAGCAGCGGAGCAGCGCGUGAGCACAUUAGAAGCCGAACUAGAGUCCGCAAAGGCGGCGGUGGCUGAGGUGGAGUCCGAGAAACAGAGCUUCGGAGAACGGCUGUCACUCGUCACAGCGCGAGAGUCGGAUUCGACUCAGUCGAUGACCGAUGCUCAGGUACAGUUGACGCAACCGCGGCCCUAUCACCUCUGA